GUCUCCCCCGUGCGCGCUUGCCGCCUCCAUUCUCCGCGGAUGGGCGGCGGGGGGCUCCGCGCGCUCCGGGGCGCCCUGCUCGCAGCGGCCGCGCUGGCCUCCGCCUCCAGCGACGCGGGGGCGGCGGGCUGCGAGUGGGACGACGCGCAGGAUAAUGACCAGGGGACGGACGAGGUGGCGCAGUUGCAGACGAAGGCCACGGAGCUGGCGCCGUCAGCCGUGAAGCUCCACGGAGCUGCAGCGGGCCAGGGCCGCAUCGUGGAGCGAGGGCGCGAUAGCAAGAACUCUACGCUUUCGACCAAAUCGCCGAGCAGAAACACCUCCGACCGGGGGAAGGGGCUGAACAAGGACGAGGUGAUGCAGGAAUUGGAGUUGCAGGGCUUCUUCCUGGGUGCGUCGCGGGACUUCUGGAUCGUCGUGUCGAUGUGCUGGGGGUGCGCGGUCACUGCCCUGGUCGGCGUUCUCUGCGUGUCGCGCGCCCUGAAGGCGAGGAUGGGCGAGUUGAGGGACAGUGAGCUGUGCAGCAGAGGCUUCUCGGAAGCGCUGGGCACGCCCAUUCCGCAGCCCGCUUUUGAGCUCAGCGCCCUGCAGCGGCACGUGCUCCGCGGCGAGGAGAACGCGGCCUUUGCCAGGACGGCGGACUGCGCCUUCCGCGGCGCCGUGAUUUGUGCUGCGUGUGCGCUGCCGUACUAUCGAAGCCUUCGCAUGGCUCAACGAGCAGGGAUGGAGCAUGCAGUACGCAAUGGUAAUAGUUGCCUUCACACUGUACAGGGACCUCGGCACCACCAUGAGCCUUGCGUGGUACAACUUGUUCGGCACCGUGGUGCCUAUCAUUAACACGCUGGCGCUUUACGCAUUCUUCCCUGAUGGCACGACGGCCGACGGACUGUACUCGACAACUUGGUUCAUCGGAGCUGCAAAUCUCGUUGUCUUCUGCGGCCUAGUCUUGGCGUUCAACGUGCCCCUGGGUGUCAGGAUGUUUGCCCUGUCCUGGCAGGCGUACUGGUCGAUGUGUUUCCUUGACCCCACUAACAAAACCGCGUUCAGCGUUGGGUUCAGACUGAUCACCCUCAAAGGCGCAACAAUGGGGCCUUUGGCCGGAACCAUAAUCGGCAUCCUGAUGUCAAUUCUCGUCAUGCUCCAGACGCCUUUCGGCCCCUGCCUCUCCAACUUGCGAGGGUCUCUUGAGGUCACCAUGGACCUCGCAUGGAACGAGGGUCAGUUGUGGAAGGAGAUUAUCGCCGACUUCACGGGCAAGAGGGAGGACUCCCGCAUCGUACAAUUCAGGGGGAAGAUGGACCAGCUCACAGGCAAGAUUGGAAAGCUUCAAGACUACCUCGGCAGCACUUGGUGGGAGAGUUUUGGCGCUGGCCACCCGGGGCGUGUCAUGAGGAAUCUCAGGGAGGCCGCAGCCAGGUUCGCUCGUAUGCAAGACUUCUUGUCCGAGCGGUCGCUGCGCACGCUGGAGUCCGACCUCGGGCCAGACCACGAGCGGCUCAUGGAGCCGGUGAAGGCAAAGAUGGAGAGCCUGGCGGACGGAGCGGCGCAGCUCCUCUACCGCGCGGCGCGCGUCGGCGCCGCCGGCGGGCGCCGCAACGCGAGCGUCCAGGAGAGGGACGCGCUCCAGCAGGGCCUUCUCGCGGUGGCCGAGGGCCAGCGGGAGAUGGCGGGCGCCCUCGCGAAGGCGCGGGCGCAGGUUCACGGCUCUGGCCUCGAUGAGGGUGCUUUCGCGUCCAUGGUCCCCGAGCACUGCAUGGCCCUCGCGUUCUCUGCCUACUGCGCGCAGGUCACGCAAUACACGGAAUUCCUCCUCGCUGAUGGGGAUGUCAGCGACUUGUCGCCCUGGGCCGCCUUCUGGGAGUCCUUGAAGGAGAGCUGCCAGCUGAACGACCCGCACUCCAUUGCUCGAAACUGCAUCGCGUUCUUCGGCUGCUUUGCCAUCGGCUUCUGUGGCCUCCGCGGGGCUGGGCCCAAGACUCAUGUCUUCACGAUCGAACCCCUCGACUCGACCAUCGCGGGCACCACCGCGUUCCUCAUGUCGGCAGAGGGUAAGGGCGGAUCCGCACUCUACAAGAACAUCGGGCGCUUCCUCGGGACAGGUGGAGGUACUCUCCUCGGGGCGAUGGUAUUCCACGCUCUCGUUGAUUGCACGUGGCACGGCGUUCUCUGUGGGAUAUUUUCGAUGGCCAUCUUGAUGUUCUUUUCGUUUUAUUUGUACUUCACGUCAGCCCAGUACGGCUACGUUGGCCUCCUCUUGGCAGCAUACGGGGGUCAGCGAUUGUUAAUUCCGUGUGGAGCGACAGAUCAGACCGAGGCGUGGCUCUUGCGCACAAUCGCCAACCAGUUUUUUGCCAUCGUCGGGGUGUCUUUAUCGGAAUUGUUGAUCCCUAACACGAAGUCCUCCGAUGUCGCGAUCGGGGCGUUCACAAGUGGAUACACAUCAUUCUUGGCCUCGUUGCGGGCGUAUUUGGCUGUGCCUGGCGGGCGCGAGCCGUCACCAGCGAAUGACGAUGCGUUCCAGAAGCUGCUGGAGGCAAAAUGCAUCGGCGCAGAGGCCUCCCUCGAGCCGCGUGUAGUUCGCACACCUUGGCGCGGUGAGUUGUGGGAGCGGGUCCUUCAUGCGACGACGCACAUGAGCCACGCCAUUCACUCGCUUGCCUCCAUCGGGGCACCCAAUGACUCCCCGCUCCCAUCGGGUCCAUCGCCGAAGACCCAUGGUUCCCCGUUCCGCCAGGCUCUGGCGGCGUCGGAUACUAUGACGAAGACGGCUGGGGACCUGGCACGCCGCGCUGAGGAGUCCUUCCAGCUCGCCGUCAAGAUCUUGACCCACGACGACGAGAGGCCGCUCUGCCUCCCCGACGACGCGCACGCGAGGCUGAUCAAGAGCAAGCACGCGAUGGCCCACUGGAGGAGCAGCAUGAAGGGCGUCAUCCGCGAGGCGGCAACGGGUGCGAAGGGGCAGGCACCGGCCAAGAGCGCUGCCGAGGAUGUGCUCUGCCAGGCGGCCAUGUCGGGGAUGAUGAUGGACAGCCUGGUGGACCACUUCGCGAGCCUGGAGGACGCCCUCCUGCAGCUCCCAGAAGUGACCCGCUAAUGCCGUGCAAUUGCCGCCGUCGUGGCCGACGAGGCGCCGCGGGGCGGGAGGCCCCUGCCGCCCCCGGAGCCCCGACGCCCGAGGGGACAGGCGCCGCGCUGCCCCGUGGAGCGGGGCGCGCGCGGCCGCACCCCCUCCGGAGUGCGCAGCGCGGCGGGGGGAGGAGGG